CAAUUCAUUGCUCAAUUAAGAACUUCUUCACAAGAAGAAAAACCUGAAGAAAAUUCUAACUCCCCUCUUUGUUUAAGCUAGGAUUCUAACCGCUCACUUCUUCCCAAUACUAAUUUUUCUUCAAAAUGAGACCUUCUUUUGUAGUCUCUCUUCUGAUUUUGUCACUCCUCCUUGCAAAAGCUCAAGGGAUUCGUUUGGGGAAAGUGUCUUUAGCAGUUGAGCAACAGAAACAACAUGUCGGAUGAGGGAAAUACUUUGUUGAAAAGAAGUAAUACUGAUGCUGAGGAAGUUGUUCUCUGCAGCAAAGAUGAACAAUGCAUAGGAAAGAUAAAGAAUAGGAAACUUGUUACCACUUCAGUUUCUACAACCCAAUCCAUGUCAAAGAAUGUGAAAAGUGAAGAGCACAAGGGUCAUCCCUUGGUAAAUGGCAAUACUAGAAAUGUGAAUGCCAAUGAAGAAGUGAAGGAAGUAAAAGUUAAUACAUUGACUAUUUCCAAGCACAAAGAUGUCCCUCAGGAGCACUAUGCUGACCUUGUAGACAUAGCUGAGAUGGACUAUUCUCCAGCAAGGAGAAAGCCUCCAAUACACAACUGAGAAUAUGAUCAACUAGAAAA